AUGGUGUAUACGUGCAACUACACUUCGUCAUGGUGGGAGACCACCACCACUAUCAGCAUCGACGGCGGGGAUACUCUCGAUCUUCGAUUUUCAAGGUCGCGCUUCAACUUGACCGCUUGCACCUUACUCGUUACAUCAUUGCUGCUGGAAAACGAUAUGGGAGAACAGCAUGGAGAGGAGCGCGGAGACGCCUCGUCGCGUCGCGGAAACGGCAGAGUCCUUCGGAGUGCCAAGUCACGCGCAUUGAAAGCAAAAGAUGUGUAUCACGGGUGUUUCAUCCGGAUAAUUAACGUAUGCCGUACUUGGAGACGCUUACGCGAGAAUGUAACGAUGUCGGUACAUUUGAAAGAUAAUUACAUUGGUCUUUUUGUAGGACCUCGAUCUUGA